AUGAGCACAACAAGCCAAGAAUCUUCCAUCAAACCUCCAGUAAUGGACCGACCAGAAGAAGAUGUUGAGAAAAGGGCAGGUGAGGACAGCACUUCUUCCGAAGAUGGUGGUCAACAGCAACUCGCAUGGGACGACCCUCUCCCCGCGACCAGUCUAAUAAUGGACGAGUUCUCCGUCUCGCGCACGAAAUCCAUCCUUCCCCUGACGCUCUAUACACUCGGUCUCGCCAUCGGUCCCCUCUUCAUCGCCCCGUUCUCUGAAGUAAUUGGUCGCAAGUGGAUCUACGCCGGAUCCUGCACUUUCCUCCUCGCAUUCCUUGGAGGUGCGUCGGCGGUGACAACAUUCUCUGGACUUCUCGCCUGCCGUUUCAUAGCUGGAACGCUGGGCUCUGCCGGCAUCGCUGUCGGCGCAGGAACCAUUGCCGAUGUUUGGGAACUCGGCAAGGGAGCUGGCGCAUCACUGUUGUACAUCCUUGGCCCGUUUUUGGGACCGACUUUGGGGCCUUUGGCUGGAGCUUAUAUCGUACACGACAGAGGCAACGACUGGAGAUGGACGCAAUAUGUUCUCCUCAUGGUUGGUGCUCCCAUCUGGGUCGGGGCUAUAUUGAUGAAGGAGACAUCAAAAGCCUGGAUUCUGCGCAAAGAGUCAGGGGAAAAGACCAUCACUUUCGCGGGACUUGGCAGCAUUAUUCGAGUCGCCGUUAUGAGACCGACAAAGAUGCUCCUCACUGAGGUUAUCGUCUCCUCGCUGGCCAUCUACACAGCUUUUGCCUAUGCCAUGAUCUUCAGCUAUUUCGGCAGCUGCUCCUACGUCCUCCAGAAGUACUACGGUUUCAAUUUGAGAGAAGUUGGAUUGAGCUUCCUUAGCAUCAUCAUUGGCUAUUUCCUCGCAACCUUUGUUUUUGCUUUCCUCGAUGCCAAGUUCAGAAUACCUGCUGUGCAAGCCGGGAAAGGAUUUCCCGAGCAGCGUCUGUAUGCGGCGCUCGUGGGUAGUGUUGCUCUCCCUGCUGGAUUAUUCUGGUAUGCAUGGGAAGCUCAUCGUGGGGGUCACUGGGCCGCCUUGGUCGCGGCUGGUAUCCCAUUCGGGCUCGGCGCCUUUUGUCUAUUCUUGUCUGUCAUCACCUACAUGGUCGACUUUUAUGGCCAAAAGGCCGCGGCAUCUGCCCUGGCCGCAAAUGGUAUCCUUCGAUACAUUCUGGGUGCUGUCUUUCCCUUGUUCACUCUCCAGAUGUAUGAGAAGCUUGGCGUGCACUGGGCUGGCAGCGUAUUUGCGUUCCUCUCACUUCCUCUGAUACCAAUCCCUUGGCUUCUAUUCAAAUAUGGCGGAAAGUUGAGACAAAGGAGUAGGUUUGUGACUGCUUAA